AUUUGACCAAAAUUAUGAGUCGAAAUCACCUACGGAAAUGUUUGACAUUUUCGAGAUAUUGCUUAUUAAGACAGAAUAGAAUUUACUCUCGUGGAAACCAAAUCACAAGAACAAUUGCAACAUUUGACAAAGAUGAUCCAUGACCACUGAUUGACCACUGAGCACAAAGCAUUCUUUCACUAAAGGGUAUUACAGUUUGUACAAAGAAAGGACAAUAUCCACUCUAAGACUCAUGCUAAUUUUUCCCCCAGAACAAUGCAUUUCGUAGGAAUGGUGCAGAAAUGUUUUCAAGAGAAUUUUCUGGAAAGAAUGAUGACAGAAUGUACGUAGAUGGGAAUGGUCAACUGAGAGAACGACAGCUGGGGUAUGAUGAUCUGUACUCCGGCCACAUACCAACAUCCACCAUACAGAAAGUGCUACUCUCUGUCGGUUCAGCAGGAAUGGCACUUCUGGAUCCAAGCAGAGAUGACAUGAUUGCAACACUUGGUGAGACUACAGGAUAUUGGGCACUUCGUUCCAUCAAGCAGAAAAUGGAGGCUGAUCCAACUGGACAAAGGAUUCUUCAGGAACAACCAGUCAUUAAUACAAGUACAGUGUCUGUUGAUUAUCUUGGAAGUUUGCCGGAGGGUACAUUUGGAAAGAAAUACUGGCAUUUUCUCAGCAAAAAUGGUUUUUCUCCGGAUGCUAGAUUGCCAAUUCACUUUGUGGAUGACCCAGAAUUAAAGUAUGUCAUGUUGAGAUAUCGUCAAGUCCACGACCUUUUUCACUCCAUUCUUGGGAUGCCCCCUCACAUGUUGGGAGAAGUUGCUGUCAAGUGGGUGGAGGCUCUGCAGACUGGACUCCCCAUGUGUGCUCUUGGAGCAUUGUUUGGUCCACUCAGAUUAGGUCCAAAACACACUAAGAAAUACCUAGAUACUUAUCUACCAUGGGCGAUUAGAAAUGGACAGAAUGCCAAGUUUUUGAUGGCCGUUUACUGGGAAGAGCACUGGGAGGAUGAUUUAGAGGAACUUCGGCAGCAGCUAAAUAUAGAACCUCCUCCUAUAACAGCCACUAGCUCAAAUAAUGCCUAAGUGUGGAUCCAGUGUGUAUAUCUGUUUCUCAUAUCACCACCAAUGUUUUCUACAUCAUCAAAAUGCAUGAACUUGAAUUUUUUUAAAAUAUUAUAAAUUGCUUUAUACCAUUGCUAUGAUUUCAUGGAUAGAGAAAAAGUAUGGAAAAAGAGUCAGUAUUCUGUGAUCAUGGGAACAUCUCAGUGCAUGAACUUUUCAUGAGGAUUACUCUUCUUUUACAAAAAUAUUCAUAACAUUCAUUACUGUACAAUGCACAGACAGUUGUAAACAAAAGUACACUCCAUGUAAACCUCUAAUCAGUCAUAUUGGAUGCAACAGCUGCAAAAUUCUGCAACAAUUGUUAUUAUAGAAGGGAGUCAUCUCCUUUUUAAUUGUUACAAGCAUGAUUCAGUUGAUGUAUGUAAUGGGUUUUCAGAUUUUUCUGUAUGAUUGAUUACAUUAAGUCUGACGUGUAAUUCCCAUUUACAUGUAGCUGUUUACAAAGUGCAGCUUUUCUAUGUAUAGUAAAUACAGUACUGUAAUUCUGUAUACAAAAUUGUUUUCUUUGCAUUAAAAUACUAUUAGUAUU